CCCAGAUGCAUAGACUGCGGGGUUGCCGCGAAGUGGGAGGAAUCAAAGAAGAAAAAUAAACCGUUCGUGAAGGCCUCAACUCCUCUCGUCCCGGGCGCGAUCGGCUUCUGCGGCGGCGGCGAUUACCGUCGACGACUCCUCGGAACUAGCGUUGAUUCUUCUUCGGAGAAGAACAAGAGCCCAACCGACGACGAAUCAUGAUACAUUUUGUUCUUCUCAUCAGUAGGCAGGGGAAGGUGAGGCUGACAAAAUGGUACACUCCAUAUCCACAGAAGCAAAGAUCCAAGGUAAUCAAAGAAAUAAGUGCGCUAGUACUGACGAGAGGCCCCAAGCUGUGUAAUUUUGUUGACUGGCAAGGUUAUAGAGUCGUGUACAAGAGGUAUGCUAGCCUUUACUUCUGCAUGUGCAUUGAUCCUGCUGACAAUGAAUUGGAAACUCUUCAAAUCAUCCAUCACUAUGUUGAGAUAUUGGACCGGUACUUCGGCAAUGUCUGUGAGCUAGACCUGAUAUUCAAUUUUCAUAAGGCUUACUUUAUAUUGGAUGAGAUUUUGAUUGCUGGUGAACUCCAGGAAUCGAACAAGAAAGCGGUUCUACGCCUAGUAACUACACAGGACGCUUUGGUGGAAGCCGCAAAGGAGGAGGCAAGCUCAUUGAGCAACAUAAUUGCACAGGCUACCAAGUAGAGCACUUAUGUCUUCUACAAUCAUUACCCACAACCUCAGAGCAUGAUAGUAACUUAAUCAGUACCAUACAGCAACAGCUUUCACUCUAGUUUUCCUCUGUUUCAUCUCUGCACUUUGUUCAGAGAUCUGUCCUGUCUACCUUUCCCUUCCCUGUAUUCUUUUCUUUUGUACCUGUUUGAGGGAAAUGAAAAUACCAGGAGUUGUAUCAAACAAAAUAAUGUGAUACUUUGGCUAUCCAAUUCUAUGGUC